GGUAGCCGUGAGGAGGAGCAAGCGUCGCCAUAGCAACGGACGGGGCUUGGAUCAAUGAUUAGCAGCAGGAUUCUUCUAAACCGAGAUGAAUUAGUCGUGAAACAAAGACUAAUUUUUCGUUUACGAACCGAAGCUGUUAUGGCCACAAGCAACCCGUCAGUGUUUCUUCUAACGGUGAACGGUCAAAUUGAGGGAGCGAAUUUUCCAGAGUAUGACAACUUGUACUGCAAAUACUGUUUUGUCUACGGACACGACUGGGCUCCCACCUCGGGGCUGGAGGAAGGUAUCACUCAAAUAACCUGUAAAGGAAGUCAGUCUUCCCACAGAUUAAUAUGGAACUUCCCACUUGAAACAACAUUUAAGAGCACAAACCCAUCUGGAUGGCCUCAGCUUGUGGUAAGUGUGUAUGGUCCAGAUGUGUUUGGCAAUGACGUCGUCCGGGGCUACGGAGCAACACACAUCCCCUUCACACCUGGACAACAUACACGAACCAUCCCCAUGUUUGUUCCUGAGCCCACAUGGAGAGUUCAGAAAUUCACAAGCUGGCUGUUGGGACGGCGGCCUGAGUACACAGACCCUAAAGUAGUGGCCCAGGGUGAAGGCAGAGAAGUGACGCGGGUUCGUUCCCAAGGCUUUGUCACCGUCUCCUUUCACAUCAUGACUAAAGACAUGAAGAAGCUGGGUUAUGACACAGGCCCAUCAAGCCCUGCAAACGCACAGUCGGCAACAUCCGGCUGGUCAACAGAAGAACAAGCAUACGACACGUAAUGACAUAAGAGACUUUUUUUCCCCCCUUUGUUAGAGACAAAUUGUGGCUGUUCUUAAAUUUUUUGCCCUCAAGGAUGAUUGGUCCCUGCCCAAACAAAAGCACAGCACUCACUUAAAUAUAAAAUGACUCAAUUACUUCCUCAGUUAUUAUGGAACUCCACAAUACUGCAACACACACACACAGUGUGGAAAUGAAAUUAUUUUACCAAGAUCUUAUUACACAUUUGAAACCUCUUAAAUUUGAAUAUAUUUGUAUUUGUUGUUACUAUAUUUUUUACUUUUUUUAAAUAAAU